AGUAGCCAAGAGACGGUCGAAGACCCUACUUUACCAGGCUCUUCAGCGGAAGGGGCUACGAUUAUUCUUACGCCAGAAAACGCUGAGGCCCGACUGGCGUUUAGUGAAGUCGCUGAAUGGCUGCAAGGACAGAGCGAAGAUCCUCAUCUCCAAGCUGCACGACAACACACACGAAAAUGCAUGUGGAUUUCCUCAAAGCAGCAAAAUGAUCGUGAAAUCGGCCGAUUACUUAGAGCAACAUCGGAAAACCUUUCAUCAUCAUCACCAAUCUCAUCGCCACGGGAUCCAAAAUCAUCUUUCCGCUCAAAUAAGUCAGAAGAUAAGAGUCAAGAGCAAUUAAUCUGGAAAGGCCACUACUUCAUAUCGCUUGAUCAACCCCCUCGAAAUCCGUCAAGAGGAUGGGUAGUUGGUUCUUUGAGAGAUGGCCCUCAUUUGAACGAUAUUGUCCUUUGUUUGCGUUCUGGUAACGAAAAGAUGUACAAAGUCCGACGCAAUCAGGCUAUUCUCCAAAUUGAUGAAAUAAGCUUUAUAUAUGUGCAGCCAAUAACCGAAAGAUCCAUCACCAUGGUCAACGGGGAUAAGAUCUCCAGGAAGAGAGUUUUCAACCAGUCAUCUGCUCGCCUGGCGUUCGGCUCUCUCUACUACCGCAUCCAGUAUGCUCGAGGAUCUUACGCCGACGACUACCCCAGCAGAGUCAAACGUUACUUGGACGAGCACCUCCAGAUUCCUAAAACUCUGCUGGAGCUAUCACUGACACCAACGCCAUCUGAAAGCAGCCCCAUCACCAUCGGACAAUGGACUGUUAGCGCAGGCACUGUAGGCAAAGGAGCUUCCGGAAUGGUCAGCAUCGCUUCGAAUGACCAUGGCCAACGUGUUGCUCUGAAGAGAGUGCAGGUUGGGAGAGAUAGGGAGCACACACGGAAAGUCCAGACAAAGCUGGAGACACUCGCUGCAUUAUGCCAGAGGAAGAACGAAAACCGGCUGCUGCGACUUAUCGAAGUUAUCACGGAUGAUGUGAAAUCAGCGAAUAGGAUAGCAGACGUCUGGUUCGUUCAAGAACCAGCUGCUCAGG